AAAAGUUCUGCAUGAAAACUGUUCCCAGGUCUGAAAGCUUCACUGAAUAAAUCCACUCUGUGCAUGGGUCGACUCCAGGACCCUCAGGUGGGUUUUUGAUCAUUAAUUUAAAGUUGUAUUUAAAGUAGUUAGUAUAUAGACAGCAUUUAAAGUUAUUUUAGUAUAACUAUACUAUUGUAGUAUAACUCUGAAUUUAUUUUAUUUUGGUGAAAUUAACAGUAAACUAUGUCAGUUAUAGCUGACAUUAAAUGUUCCUGGUGACUAGUUGUCAGAGCAGGUGUUUUAAAUUGGUUUUACAGUGUGACUGGAAAUGUAACACCAAACAGCAACUAACUGCUGGGAAAAAAUAUGUUUUUUAAAAUGUUAACAGUGAAGAAGAGAAGUUUCUGUAAGCUCCUUGUGUUUAUUGCAUCUGCAGAAAUGUAUAUAUUUUGUUAUUGCAGUUAGAUACUGUAUUUAUGCCUCAUUCAUCGGUGACGAAUCUAGUCACCAUGAGAACGUCCUGCAAAUUUUUUAAUUCCUGAUCCUUUGAUACUAAGUGAUAAAUAUUUCCGUCACAGGAAUAUAAUAACAAAAUAUUCAUAACAUAAAUAUUCACAUUGUACAAGAAACUUCCCAUCGCUUUACUCCCCAACCUGAUGGUUCAGACACAAACAGCAUCUGUUUGAAGUGAAAGAAAGUCACUUUGGUAAAAGAAUGAAUUAGAACAGAAGCAGUCGUUUACAUAUUUUUAAUGAAAAUAAACUUGACACACAUUUUUUAAUGCAGGUCUGUUUUUGGUCUGAAUGCUCGCAAAAAGAUGCAACAACGUUUAAUAGUUGACCCUCCUGUCAUGCUUUAUGUUACACGAAUUCUCUGUUUUCUUGAGUACAAAAUAAAAAUAAAAAUCAGCUUAAAUGUACUGAAGCACAAACACUCCUUUUGUUUUCAGAAAAUAAUUCUUGAAACAUGUUGAGUAGUAUAAGAAGCUGCUUAAACUGGCAGAUUUGUGCCCUUCUUUAAACAAAAAAGACAUAUUGGACUCAAAAAUGGACAAAAAUGACUUAAUAAGGUGCAGACAUACUGUAGUAAUAUCUCCAAAAAUACAACAUUAAUGCCGCUUUAAGUAACAACCAAGCCUAGUUUUACUGUAAAAUCAUCCACGAACUUGCAGAUAAAGGAAUGAAAACAACGUUAAUGUAGAGGGGAGGAGAGUACAGAGUGUGUGAUGUGUUUGGAGGAGGGACUCCAUCAUUUGGAGAAGUGAGAAGUUCCUGGUUUGCCAGUGAAGAAGAAAGAGAGGCAGCGUUAAACCAUCAGAGCCUCCGACAUGAAAGUUGGUCACACUUUGAUCUGCUUCUUCUUCCUCACACUGCGGGAUGGAAACACUGGUCUCAUCAAUGCAGAAAUCCCCGUCCAUACAGGAACUGAAGGAGGAAACAUCACAGUUGGAUGCUCCUUCUUUCUCUCUGGAAGCAGGAAGAUCUUCUGUAAGGAAGAAUGUGAAGGAAAAGACAUUCUCGUUGAAACAACUGGUGACAGAGCUCAGAGUGGCAGAUACAGCAUUGAAUAUGAAGGAGCUAUAUUGUCUUCUGAGCGUAUGUUUGUGAGCAUCACAAAGCUGACUAAGUCAGAUUCAGGAAGGUACAGAUGCAUUUUGGACAGAUGGAUUAAAGAUUCAUCCGAGGAGUUUGAGAUCAGAGUCACAGAUGCUCCGAUCACUUCUAAACCAAACUGGACUCUCCGACCUUUUUCAACAUCAGUCCCGUCAGCCUCCACACUGAAGACAACACAGAGUUUACGCUCCGGUUCAGGAAGCUCCACACCUUCAUCAGCCUCCACACUGAAGACAACACAGCCAACAGCUGCAGCCACAGCUGUGCUGACCUAUUUGGGUCUGAUUCUUGGCGUCAUGAUCGUCGUAUUUUUAGCGGCUGUGCUGAUAUUCUGCAGGAAGAGGGCCAGUAAACCCAAAGAACCUCCUGCAGAAUCUGAGUAUGCUACCGUCACAAAGCCCAACCGAGUGUAUGAGGAGAUCAGAGAGGAGGACAGACAGAGCAGAGCUCCUCCUGUAGAAAUAUCUACACUUUACACUUACGCCAAAUACACCAAACCAAAUGGAGUUGAACCCACAGACGACUACAGCUUAGCCACUGCAGCAAGUUCUCAGAAGAAAACUGAAGACGACUCGAGUAACCUCACCUCUUCUCAGGUGGAUUUUUCCAACCGUACAGCUGCCUCGCUCCACAGCGCCCCCUGUGGUGAUGCAGAUAACACCGUCUACUCUGUGCCUCGGGUAGAAGCGAGCUCGGGCGGCAGCCACGCCGAAGAUGCUUCACCUCCUCUGUACUCUACUGUUACUUUACAUCAGCUGUAGCUUCAUUUACUCUCUCAGGAGCCAACAGGUGAACACAAAGUGGUCUGAAUGAGUAACAUUCACACAAAAAACAGUUUUUUCCUGUGACAACCUGUGAGAAGUUACGUCCCUCUCAUUCAUAACUGUGCUGUCACAACGUUAGCUUCAAGUUAGAGCUACUUUUAUUACUUCUUCUUUAAGUUAAGAUUAUCUUAAAUAUUUUGGUUAAAGAUAUGAAAGUAUUAUGGCACAAGUUAUGUUACCAAAAGUAUUUGGGUUAUAAUUUGGGGUUCACGCUGUCUCAGUUACUCAGGAUAAUCCAUUGACUUCACUGUCAACAGUUAUGAGAAGUAUUUUCUACCGAAGUAUGACUACCAGCUGCUGUGUGAUUGUAAAGCGAUGUCGAUGGAAGCUUCUAACUUACAAGCCUGCAGUGAUGUCGUACAAUUUAUUUGCCUCCUUCUGCACUGAUAGCCGGUUAGCAGUCGCACUUUGGGGGGAAAAAAAGUUCUGCAUGAAAACUGUUCCCAGGUCUGAAAGCUUCACUGAAUAAAUCCACUCUGUGCAUGGGUCGACUCCAGGACCCUCAGGUGGGUUUUUGAUCAUUAAUUUAAAGUUGUAUUUAAAGUAGUUAGUAUAUAGACAGCAUUUAAAGUUAUUUUAGUAUAACUAUACUAUUGUAGUAUAACUCUGAAUUUAUUUUAUUUUGGUGAAAUUAACAGUAAACUAUGUCAGUUAUAGCUGACAUUAAAUGUUCCUGGUGACUAAUUGUCAGAGCAGGUGUUUUAAAUUGGUUUUACAGUGUGACUGGAAAUGUAACACCAAACAGCAACUAACUGCUGGGAAAAAUAUGUUUUUAAAAUGUUAACAGUGAAGAAGAGAAGUUUCUGUAAGCUCCUUGUGUUUAUUGCAUCUGCAGAAAUGUAUAUGUUUUGUUAUUGCAGUUAGAUACUGUAUUUAUGCCUCAUUCAUCGGUGACGAAUCUAGUCACCAUGAGAACGUCCUGCAAAUUUUUUAAUUCCUGAUCCUUUGAUACUAAGUGAUAAAUAUUUCCGUCACAGGAAUAUAAUAACAAAAUAUUCAUAACAUAAAUAUUCACAUUGUACAAGAAACUUCCCAUCGCUUUACUCCCCAACCUGAUGGUUCAGACACAAACAGCAUCUGUUUGAAGUGAAAGAAAGUCACUUUGGUAAAAGAAUGAAUUAGAACAGAAGCAGUCGUUUACAUAUUUUUAAUGAAAAUAAACUUGACACACAUUUUUUAAUGCAGGUCUGUUUUUGGUCUGAAUGCUCGCAAAAAGAUGCAACAACGUUUAAUAGUUGACCCUCCUGUCAUGCUUUAUGUUACACGAAUUCUCUGUUUUCUUGAGUACAAAAUAAAAAUAAAAAUCAGCUUAAAUGUA